AAAAGAGAUCAUUUAUAGAGGACGUUUUAAACAAAAAAUGGCCGAUAAGUAAGAUUGAAUCUGUUAGGUUGCAUUCCAGUUCUCUUUUUGAAGCCAUUGAUAAAACAUCGGCAGUCGUCUACAAUAGGGCCUCCCACGCUUGUGAAUCAGCUGUUACUGAACAAGUGACAGACAGUCUGUUGGCCGUUCGGUUUAUAGGGCUUACACGUCAUUUGUCCCAGCCUGUUCAGCGAGCUUCGACCUUCUGUCGUAUUAUACAACAAUGGUGAAGUUGUUUGCAAUCAGUGUGCUCUACAAGGGGCCUGAAAGUGCCCGUCUCCUGAAAGCAGCAUACGACUUGCAGCAGUUUGGCUUUUUUCAGCGAGGCUCAGUCCAAGAGUUCAUGACCUUUACGAGUAAAAUCAUCACAGAGCGGUGUAACCCAUGUUCUCGGCAGUCGGUCAAAGAGCAAGAGUAUAUGUGCCAUGUGUAUGUGAGGGCAGAUAACCUGGCAGGCGUCGUCAUAUCAGACCAUGAGUACCAGUACAGAGUGGCGCAUAACAUGAUAAACAAGGUGCUAGAUGAUUUUGCUGCUAAAGUUCCUGCCCAUCUGUGGCCUAGCACAGAGGAGUCGGCAAUUCCCUAUUCAGAGCUGCCAGCUACCCUCACCCGCUGGCAAAACCCAAGGGAGGCCGAUGCACUCACUCGUGUACAAGAGGAAGUUGAGGAAACUAAGAUCAUUUUGCACAACACCAUUGAGGCUGUGCUAGAGCGAGGGGAGAAGCUGGACGACCUGGUCAACAAAUCAGAGAUGCUCAGCCUGCAGUCGAAAACCUUCUACAAGACCGCCCGGAAAACCAACUCUUGUUGUAGCUUUGGAUAACGGGUUGCUGCAGCAGGAGCCAUGUGGACAGUGCAGGUCCGAGAGUUGCACUCACUGCAGAGGCCAUUGACCAGUUACCAUCCUGUGUGCAUGUGUCUGUCUGCGUCUGUGUCUGUACAUCUGUCUGACUUAGAGCUAAAGGCAGAGUUUAAUGUCCAAAGUGUCUCAAAUUGCUAACAGGAAUUUUUUAUAGACUGUUCAGAGAUAGUGCUGCAAUGCUGAAAAUCUUGAAUGUCAGCAUAUGAAAG